AUGCAUUACGAAGAACAAGUUUAUGGCAAAACUUACAAACCUCUAACCGAAAUUAGCAAAUUCGAAAAUAGGUCUCUAGAAAACGAUUGGUCGUAUGAAGUAGUGUCAUUACAAGAAAUAAAUGUCACUACAAACUUUGAUAUUAGCAUAACUGAUUUUGACUCAAUAAACUCCAUUGGUCCAAAUACUUCGCGUAUCGAGAGCGCAGAAUCUCAAGAGGAUAAAGCUAUAGAGCAGUCGGAACAGUUUCACCCUGCUCAUCCGUUGGAUCAAAGAGCUAUUGUUGUGGAAUCUGCAGAAGAUUUAGAUAACGCUGUCGAGGAUCCGGAUUUUGAAACGGAAGAUGUACAGACUGAAGAAGCAGAAGACUUAGAUGACUCUAUGAGUGAUCCAGACUAUGAACCUGACGAUGUAGAGAUUGAAGAAAAUGAAAAUUCACAAAAUGGGGAAGCGAAAAACAAUGAUGAACCAAAUGAAAGGAAUAAAAAAAUAAGAGUUGCCUUGGCUAAGAGCGGCAGAUCAACUAUUAGAGCGCCAAGCCCAGAUAGACGAGGCAGACAUGUUCCAUCUAAUAAGCUUCCAGAGAAUGCCAUUAUGGCUAUGAAUAAUCACAUUGACUCGUUUCCCGGAGUUCCAUCUCACUGGUGUAGACGAGAUACUAGCAAAGAAUACUUGGAAGCAAACUUAAAUAAAGAGAUAAAGUAUAAAUUAUACCUAGAAUAUUGUCAGGAAACGCAGAAUAAACCCGUUUCGAAAACAAUAUACAAACAAGCGAUUAUAAAGAAAAACAUUGGUUUCUAUCAUCCAAGAAAGGACCAGUGCUGGUGCUAUAACUUUAAUAAAGAUGACACAGACGAAGGUAAUGUUACAGGAAGGAUUAAAGAAGAGUAUGACCUUCACGUUAAAAGAAAAAAUGCAGCAGAUGAACAUAGGAAAGCCGAUAAAACAGCUGCCCAAGAAGAUAAAUCUAUUGUUUGCGCAAACUUUGACCUAGAAGCUGUCCUAAAUUGUCCUAUAUUCUUUUGGAAACCAGUUUUUUAUAAACGCAAGCUUGCUGUGUUUAAUCUCACGGUUUAUGAGGUAGCUCCAAAGCAAGGACAUGCUUUUCUAUGGGACGAAACAAAUGGACAAAGAGGGAGUAAUGAGAUAGCAACUUGCGUUUCAAUUCAUUUCCCAAAGAAACCAAACAUCUACGAUUGUAUUCUGACUCAUGCCCCAGCCAAAAUAAAAAUGCAAUAA